GCGGUGCAAGAAUAGAGAGCAAGCAAACCAAGGUGAAGAGCCUAUCAGAGGGUGGGUGGGGCGAGGGGCAAAAACCCUGGGGAGUAUAAAGAAAAACGCAAGAAGAUGUCAUCAACAACGGUCCACGUCUCCAACAUCUCGCACGACACCUCCCAGCAGGAAGUCCGAGACUUCUUCUCAUUCUGCGGCAAAAUCACAAACCUGGUCAUCACUCCAAGCAGCUCGGACCCCAAUGCCACACUCUCGGCAACGGUAACCUACGAGCGCGAACCCGCCGCGAAAACUGCUCUUCUCCUUGACGGGACAAAGCUCGGCAGCAACCCGGUGCACGUAGAGGCCACGCACUCCAUCGACGAGCUCGCCCAGGGCCACCUUGCCCGCGGUGAUGCCGACCAAGAUCAUCCGAAGGACAUCGUGCAGCAGGAGGACAAGCCAAAGACGGCGAUUCUAGCAGAGUACCUCAGCCACGGAUACGUCAUUGGCGAUUCCGCCUUGCAGAGGGGAAUCGAGGUGGACUCUAAACAUGGCAUUUCACGCCGCUUCCUAACCACGCUAAAUUCGGCAUUGCAGGCCGUUGACUCGCGUGUUCACGCUGCCGAUACCGCCAAAUCCGUCGACACCCAGUAUCAUGUUUCGGAUCGCGCGCUAGAGGCCAAGAAUACGCUCACCACCUAUUUUGAAAAAGCGCUCGGAACCUCGACCGGCCAGAAAAUCCGGAGCUUCUACGAGCAAGGCGGAAAGAGCCUGUUGGACAUCCACAAUGAAGCGAAGAGGUUGGCGGAAUUGAGGAAGCAGCAGAAUAGGAAGAGCGCGGAUGAAGGGCCACUCGUUGGGCCCGAGAAGACUACCUGCGCCUGUGGCGGUAAUGCAGGUGUUUGUAGCUGCGAGGCCGGAAAGUGCGCUUGUGUGGGAUGUGAUAUGGGCCAGAAGGAGACAAAGGGUGAUUCGGCCCAGUACCAACUUGGGGAGGCCUCCAGGGACGCGGCCGACGCUACGAAGGAUCUUGCAACCGGGAGUGGUGAGAAGAGCACGUAUCAUUAAGCUUUGAUUCGAGAUGAGGUGAUGUGGGGGGGGUAUUGGCGUCUGAUUGGGGUUAUCGCUUUUUUCUUUUCUUUUUUUCUUUCUUCCGUUUGUGCUGUUGGGUUUGCCUCGUCUAUCUGUCUACGGUUGUCUAGUUUGGUCUAGUCUAGUUUGCUCUACUCCCCCAGCUUUGCAAGCCCGUAAAUAGAAGUUUGGGUAAUCCACCA